AUGAGUGCAAUUAUCACUAACCCACCCACUCCCCAACCCAACCGUGUGGAGAAGGCAGAAGCUGCGUGGGAGGAGAUGCGACUACGAGGCAUAACCCCCAACGCCAAGGCAUACACCACCAUGAUGACCGCCUAUGGCAAGGCGGGGCAGCUCGACAAGUGCUUACUGUGUGCACUGGACUCAUAUUUACUCUCAACCCUCCCACCUACCCGUCCGCCCGCCCACACCUGCUAUUUAUUACAGGUGGAAAAGGCAGAGGCGGCGUGGGAAGAAAUGAGGCUGCGUGGCAUAACACCCGAUGCCAAGGCAUACACCACCAUGAUGACCGUCUAUGGCAAGGCGGGGCAGCCAGGCAAGGCAGAAGAGCUGCUAGACGCCAUGCUCGCUGCUGCCUGCAAGCCCUCUCCUGUCACUCUCUGCUCGCUGGUUACCGCCUUCGGGCUGGCCGGUCGCCCUGACGACGCCCAGAGGGUGUUUGACAAAGUGCUGCUGCUAGACGCCAUGCUCGCUGCUGCCUGCAAGCCUUCUCCUGUCACUCUGUGUUCGCUGGUUACCGCGUUUGGGCUGGCCGGUCGCCCUGACGACGCCCAGAGGGUGUUUGACAAAGUGCUGCGCUGUCAGCAGCCUUCGGCAGUAGCAGCGUUCAAGCGCAUGCUGGCUGCGGGGCUGGCCCCUGAUGACCUCUCUCAUUAUCCCCUCCCACCUCGCUGUUUCCCCGUGCUGCAGGCCCAGACCGACAUAAAGCCAGACUGCCAUGUGUUCACAGCGCUGUCAGCUGCCUUCGGCCUGAACGGGCGCACAGACGAGGCAGUGGCAGCGUUCAAGCGCAUGCUGGCUGCGGGGCUGGCCCCUGAUGACCGCUCUAUGGCUCGGCUGGUGGAGGCCCAUGGCAGCAUGGAAAGACAGCUGGACCGACAGCUGGCACUUCUGGCUGGUAAAGGAGCGGAGGGAGGAAAGGAGGGAGGAGCGGAAGGAGGAGAGGAGGGAGGGGAGAAGAGGAGAGGGGAAGAGAAAGAGGAGGAGGAGGGGCAGCGGAGGGGGGAGGAGGGGGCCGGGGUUGGGAGGAGGGAGGCGAGUGAGGAGGAGAAGCUGAGGUGCCGGCAGGCGGUGAAGCUGGUGUUGGAGCUGGAGGGGGCGGGCAUCAGGCCAGGCGUGGAGACCUACACUGCUCUCAUCUCCCUCUUUGCCAGCCACGGCCUUGGCGUGGAGACCUACACCGCUCUCAUCUCCCUCUUUGCCAGCCACGGCCUUGGUGAGUCUCUUCUCUCCCCUCCUCCUGUCUGUCUCUUUGUUGGAUCCCCGUUGAGUAUGUCAGUCAAUCUGCACUGGCACAGUGAAGCUGGUGUUGGAGCUGGAGGGGGCGGGUAUCAGGCCAGGCGUGGAGACCUACACCGCUCUCAUCUCACUGCAGUGAAGCUGGUGUUGGAGACGAAAGGAGCGGGCAUCAGGCCAGGCGUGGAGACCUACACCGCUCUCAUCUCAUUGUUUGCCAGCCACGGGUUGGUGAGGGAGGCAGCGGAGGUGUUUGAGGAGAUGCAGAGGGUGGGGCUACAGCCCCGAUUCCUUGACUACACUGUCUUAUCCUGGCCUCAUCCUUUCCCUGUCGCUCUUGAAUCGUCCUUACAUACUGCCACCCUCUCACCCCCUUUCCUCGCAGUGAGGGAGGCAGCGGAGGUGUUUGAGGAGAUGCAGAGGGUGGGACUGCAGCCCAACGCAAUCGUUCAUGUUCCCUGCCGCACCCUUUCCCCCUUCCCUCUUAUAUUCGCUGAAUCUUCUUUCCUGUCUUACAGCCUACGCGCUUGCAGGGGACUUGGACAGCUGCGCCCAGGUGAGCUUUCAGAUGCUCCCAGGUGCUUUCGGGUUCGGAAGACGAUGCAGGUGUUGGGGUGGACUCUCAACCCACCCAUAGUCCGGGGCAUGGUUCGGGCGCUAGUGGCUGGGGGGCAGGGUGUUGUUGCUGCAGACUUGGUGAGAGAGGCAGAGGAGGAUGAAGGGGUGGUGGUUGAUGGGGAUGUGAAGAAGAUGGCUCAGAUGCAUGCAAGGGAGCUGGUGCAUUGA